AUGAGCCUGUCACGGCUUAUUGGUUUCGUCUGUGGUCGUACUCGCCGCAUCUUUAUCUAUAUCAAGGAAGAGUUCAAUGUCAUUCUUCGGAAGGUUUUGAUGUACAAUGAGGCGAGCCAUCUACCGGAGGUACUAGCUACUCACAAGCUGCUGCUAGGCAAGGAGUGCCCUCUUGACGUUCACUUUGGAAGUCUGAACAUCCACACUGACCCGCUCUACUACCAGAACGUCGAAAAUAGUAGCGCUUAUCCUCUUACGUCUUCGAACUACUUACCAGGCAUGGAUGUCGAUCUUGCCUCGAAGAACCGUCCGAACGGCUACGCAAGGAUGCGGGACCUAAAUCCUUACGAGCAACAAGAGCUUCAGAGCCUCCGAGCCGAGCACGAUAUAGCCAAUGCAUCAUACACGAGCGCGUCUCCCAUAGGCCGAGGCAGUCGAUUCGGAGUGCCUGGCAUGGGUGAUCGCACUGGAGCCCACCGAACCAUGGGAGACCGAGCUGCUACCCUGCACAGCUGGGACCAUCGAGCGGCGAGGCCAAGUCCAUGGGUUGCUCGCAGCACACAGAGUAACCCUAUGGGUUGGGGAAAUGGACCUGCUUUCAGCAAUCUGCGAAUUGGAGAGCAGAACACGUCCGCAUCUCACGGGCAGACUCCCAGCACGCAUUCUCGAUAUCCACCCGGCAUGCAAGUUGAUCAUGAUCGGGAUGACUAUCGUAUGGGACGAACGGAACUCGAUGAUCUCUACUCACCCAACAGCGUUCGCCGUCAUUCGCCAGUGUAUCCGCCUGGCAUGAACGUUGAUCCCCUUCAAAGUGCCCAAAGGGCUUUCGGCGAGAUGCACAUUGGUGAUGAGAGGCUAUCAACUUCCAAUCCCGAGGGCCCUUUCCUUCCGGGUAUGGGUCCCCACCAUGUAUUUUCCCGUUAUGGUACAGAGGUCAUGUAG